AUGUCCAAACGGUUCAGCAAGCAGAACGCACAGAAGUACGUGGUGGUGCACAGACCACACGAUGACCCACAUUUCUAUGAUGAAGGCGCGUCGAAGCAUAUCUUGGUUCCUGUGGACGAUCCUAAUGCGAAGAAGCAGUCUGGUGUUCCUGCUACGGUGAAAGUGGAGCCAAAGGGCGAGAACAAGCAUGUGGGGGAAGCUGCUUUGUAUGGUAUCGAGUUUGAUGACUCGAAGUACGAUUAUACGCAGCAUUUGAGGCCCAUGGGUGUGAAUGCAGACUCCGUUUUCAUUCCUGCUAAAGCAGAAACCGCAGGUGGUAAGAAGAAGAAUAUUGACGACUUGUUCGUGGAGCCAGAAUACAAGGAAACCGAUGGUGUGAAGCCCAAGUCUGUGUUUGUGAGAGGCGUAGCUGAUCCUGAGUAUUUGAAACAUCAACAGGACGUUUCUGAAGAUAUUACGGGGUUCAGGCCGAAUAUGGAUCCAGCUCUUAGAGAAGUCCUUGAAGCAUUGGAAGACGACGCAUAUGUGGUGAAUGACGAUAUCGUUGUGGCCUCCAAGAAGCCUGCCGAUGCUGAAGAAGAAGAAGACGAAGAUGACGUGUUUGCCGAAUUGUUGCAAGGUGGUGAGGUUGCUGAUGAAGAUGAAGUCGACGAAUGGGAUAUUGAUAAUUUUGAAGAUUACGAGGAUGAAACGUACUUGAAAGAAAUGGAACAGUUUGAUAAUCUGGAAAACUUGGACGAUUUGCAGAAUAUCGACUACCAGGCAGAUGUCAGAAGAUUCCAAAUGCAAUCGAAGGGAGAUAUGGACCUACAAUCUGAAAAUGAAUUCAAUGACGAGGAAGAAGAAGAAGAAAACGACAUGUUGGGAGAACUACCGACCAUAAAAACCAACCAGAAGAGCAAGAAGAAGCAGCGUCGCAAGAAAGGUGCCAUGUCCGACAUCUCUGGGUUCUCCAUGAGUUCCAGUGCCAUCGCAAGAACGGAAACCAUGACUGUACUUGACGAUCACUACGACCAGAUCAUAACCGGCUACGAAAACUAUGAAGAAGAGCAAGAAGAAGAAGAAGACAACUAUAAACCUUUCAACAUGGAGAAUGAACGUUCUGAUUUCGAAUCCAUGCUAGAUGAUUUCCUCGACAACUACGAACUGGAGAAAGGUGGCCGGAAAUUGGUCAAAAAGAACCCAGAAGUUCAGAGAAUGAAGGACGCUGCUGAUGAAGUCUCCAAGGGUAAACUCUCGAUGAAAAGAAACCGUGAGCGUCAAAAGCAGGUGGAUAAUUUGACCAACUCUUUAAGUAGUUUAAAGUUUUAA